GCCCAUUGUGAAAACUAGUACAUUGCAUUUACAAACUGUAAAGGAAUUUAAACACCAAAUUCCAAUAUCAUAAUUGCAAUAUCAGUUCAAAGGUUUUCUAAUGAAAAAGUACCAGAUAAUGCCAUACAAAAUGGCAGGUAAGGUACGUUUGUAUAUCUUAAUGGCUGUAGUAUUUGGAUUGACGCUGUUUGACUUAUUCAUGAUGCGAGAAGAAGCAAAAGCCUGUGAUAUGCCAAGAUUUGAAGAUUUCGAAGAUGAGCAUCUCGCAUACAAAAGAGACAUAAAACUCUUAAAAAAUAACUCACUUCAUGAACAGGAGGACCUAGGAGAGGUGGAUUCCUCUGAAAGGAUAUUUAUAAUGCCUGACCCACCCUCGGAUAAAACACCACAUUUGUCAAAUGUCGUGAUUAUUGGGGCUACAAAUUGUGGAACAUUAACAUUGCGUCAGUUUCUCGGAUUGAAUCACCAUAUACAAAUCACUGAACAACCAACUGUCUGUUACUUUAAGAAAAACUUCCAACAGAAUGGAGAUGAAUGGUACUUGGAACAAAUGCCUUACAGUUCAGCGGAAGAUAUAGUUCUUGAAUCAUGUCCAUAUUAUUUUUCAAGUAAAGAGGUUCCAGAAACUAUGUACAAAUUUAACCCAAACUUGAAACUUUUAUUAAUUGUUUGUGAUCCUAUACAGCGACUAUUCUCACGAUAUACAGAUAUGAAACUUAACCAACGGAUAAAUGUCACAUUGGCCCAGUUCAUAUUAAAUAAACACACCAACCAAGUGCAGCCAUAUCACUUUGAGGUACGCUAUGGAUUGUAUGCAGAACAUCUAAAAAAAUUCCUCAAUGCUGGUUAUAACCUAAGCCAAGUUCAUGUUAUUGAUGGGGAUAAAUUUAAGGUUGAUCCAGUUUCUGAACUAAAAAGAGUAGAAGAUUUCCUUCAUAUUGAAAAUGUUAUUAAUAACAGUAUGGUUUAUUAUGAUGACAUCAAGGGAUAUUUUUGCAUGCUGAAAUGGGGUCUGGAGGUAUGCAUGCCCAAAGGAAAAGGAAAGUUAAAAAGCAAUGACAAGGAAACAUUAAGCAAACUUUCAGAAUUUUACAAAAUGUCAAAUGAACAAUUUUUUGAAUUGAUUGGACAAAGAUUUCCAUGGAAAUAAUAUGAAUGAUGUCAGAUGUUUAUGAGAACUUGUGUUGUACAAAUUGAUUAUUUCUGAAAAAGGUCAAAAUUGGAUAACUCUAAAGUCUAAAUAAGGAUAUCCAUUUAUAUAUCAUGUAUUUAAACAAGGAGAUCCAUAUAUAAUCCCACCCUAAGUGCUUUAUAUGAUUGUAUACUAGCAUUGUAUAACUUCGGUAUAAAACCAACACUCAUCGUAUACAACUCUUGAGAAUGAUAUACAACUCCUGGAUAGCGUAUACAACUCCUGGGUAGCGUAU